UACGGAUGCAUGUGUGCGACCGCGUUCUAUAAUUAUUAUAAGCAAAAUCAGGAGGAGGGUAUGUACUUAGUUUAUGUCUCUGCAGCAGGCGAGCCAGUGAAAAUGCCGCCGGAUAUAGAGGGAGUAGUCGCUAAGUACCCUGAUCUAUUUGAAGAGUCAAAAGGGGCUGUUGAGAGGGAGGUUGUCCACGCGAUAGAGAUUAUCCCAGGGUCUAGCAUUCCAAAGGGUAGGAUCUAUCGGAUGUCUCCAACGGAGCUUGAUGAGCUUCGCCUACAGCUCAAGGAGCUCAUAGAGAAGGGUUGGAUCCGACCGAGUGUUUCCCCUUACGGAUCUCCUGUCUUAUUUGUACCGAAGAAGGCGGGAACAUUGAGGAUGUGCAUUGACUAUAGGGGCCUCAAUGCCAUCACUGUGAAGAACGCAGAGCCCCUACCGCGCAUCGAUGACUUGUUGGACCGAGUGCAAGAGUGUCAGUACUUCAGUAAGAUAGAUCUGAAGUUCGGGAUCAACACAAAACCGCUUGCAAUACGGCUCGAGGAUCAACACAAAACCGCUUUUCAAACCAGGUACAGUAUGUACGAGUUUGAGGUGAUGCCUUUCAGUCUUUGCAAUGCUCCUGGCACCUUUCAGCACGCCAUGAAUCGGAUAUUUCAUGACUACUUAGAUAAGUUUGUCAUCGUGUACCUCGAUGACAUACUUAUUUUCAGUAGGACUAGCGAGGAGCACGUUGGCCAUUUAGAUAAAGUCCUUAGUCUCCUUCGGCGGCACAAGUUCAAGAUCAACGGGGAGAAGUGCGAGUUUGGCCACACCCGGAUCGUGUACGUGGGUCAUGAGAUUUCCGCGGAGGGAUUAAAGCCCGAUGACACGAAGGUGGCCAACAUUCGUGACUAGCUGCGUCCUCAGUCUGUGACUGAGAUGAGGUCCUUCUUAGGGAUGCCCGACUACUACCGUAACUUUGUCAAGAACUA